UCCUCACCGGUCCUCACCCGUCCUCCGAGAGAACGGAUCUGUGCUGGAGCGCAGGCAUGGUGGACCGGCAGCGUUCUGCGCGCGGAGUGCGCGUCAUCGGAGUGAUGUACCGAGACGCACCCGAGGUGAAGAUGUUUCUGCUGUCGGUUGUAUGGUCCGACGACAGCGAGAUGGUAGUCUACAGGUCCUUCCAGGAUUUCAAAAGAUUUCACCGGCAGCUGAAAAAGAAAUUCUCCUUACGGAAAGAUGAGAGGAUGAUCCCGAAAUUCAAAGGGGGGGCCAUGAGGAGCAGCCUGCAGCAGAAAGGUUCCAGCCGGUCGGUGCGUCGGAUGAGGUUCCUGGAGAGAUACUGCUGCGAUCUGAUGAGGUGUGACCUCACCGUGACCCAGAGUUCAGAGGUCACGCACUUCUUCAUGCCCAAGGAACACGAUCUGCAGCCGGACUUCACCAAGAACAGCAUCAUGAUCAUGCCAUCAGGGGACGCGCCGGACGCGCCGGACGGGGGUGCCGGCAGCUCGCGCGCGGUGGGAAACGUCACCCAGCCAUUCGUGACCCAGAUGUACCGCUGCGUGGCGGCGUACGAGACCAAGGACACCAAAAACCGCCCGUUUAAAGUUGGCCUGGCUGAGAAGCUGGACGUGCUCAUCAAAGAUCCUGCAGGAUGGUGGCUGGUGGAGAAUGAGGAUAAAUGUCUGGCCUGGUUCCCGGCCCCCUACCUGGAGAUGUGUGAGGAAGAGGAGGAGGAGGAGGAUGAUGAUGAUGUGCUUGCUGAAGGAGGUCUUCUGUAUUGUGCUGUGAGGAACUACGUCACCAAGAAGCACGACGAGCUCCCCUUGGCCAUCGGCUCCGUGGUGAAAGUGUUGAGGAAGUCAGACAACGGCUGGUGGCUCAUCAGAUUCAAUGGUAAAGCUGGUUAUGUCCCCUCCAUGUACCUGAAACCGUACAGCAACCCGCAGGCGGGUCUUCACAGCCUGCAGCGGAUGAUGCACUGCUCCACGCUGAACUUGGAAGCUCUCAGUUCAGCGCACGGCAGCUCCUUCGAUUUCCCUGCGAGGGCACACCAAGCUGGUGACCCUGAUCCGUCCCCAGCUCAGGGGAGACACGAGUCCCACAUGGUGCCCAAGCUCUACAAGACCCACUCGCUGGAUGUUCUGUCAGAGACCCAGUCCAACGCAGUUUUCCCAAACCGGGAGCAGAGGGUCGUCUCCAACCCGAACAGCCGCAAGAGCAGCGUCAGCACUGCAUCCACCCUCUCCAGCUUCUCCUCGAGAAGCUCUUCAAGCAGCGAGUCCUCUACAAGAGCCGAAGAAAACAGCUCAGACAACCGCACGUCCUCACCCCGCGUUGAGAACGCCGACAGCGGCCACAGCAGCCUGGAUCUCAGCCUCUCCACCAUUCAUCUCCGCUCCAACAGUGCUGCAGAUAGUUCUGGUUCAGACGGGCCUGAAAGUGGCCUGACGGUGUCCGUGGUCCCCAGGGUUCCUCCCAGACCCAAAGCCCAGGAAAUUCUGACCCGCUGCAGCACCAUGACUCGCAAGGCUGCCGUGGCCUCCAGGAUCCGGCUUCUGCCUCAACAGGAAACCAUCCAGAGCCGCUAGGGCCCAGAUCUGUUCUGGUAGCCGACUUGCUAUCGGAGUUGAACGGUCACCAGGGUCAGAUCAAGAAACUGGAGGCGGG